AUGCUCAUUUUAGCUGAAAUCCAGCACUGCCUGGUUAAUGCUGGCGAUGUGGGAUGUGGAGUGUUUGAAUGCUUUGAAAACAAUUCUUGCGAGAUCCGAGGCUUACACGAGAUCUGCAUGACGUUUCUGCACAACGCUGGAAAAUUCGAUGCCCAGGGAAAAUCCUUCAUUAAAGACGCUCUGAAGUGUAAGGCUCAUGCCUUGAGGCAUAAAUUCAGCUGCAUCAGCCGUAAGUGCCCUGCCAUUAAAGAGAUGGUGUUCCAGUUACAGCGGGAGUGCUACCUGAAGCAUGACCUCUGCUCCGCUGCCAAGGAGAACGUCCAGGUCAUUGUGGAGAUGAUUCACUUCAAAGACCUGCUGCAGCAUGAGCCAUAUGUUGACCUAGUGAAUAUCCUGCUCACCUGUGGCGAGGAGGUGAAAAAGGCAAUAACAAGAAGUGUCCAGGUCCAGUGCGAACAGAACUGGGGAAGUCUCUGCUCCAUCCUGAGCUUCUGCACCUCGGCUGUGCACGGUGACACCAUCCUGGGACCCGAGAAGAAGCCAGGUGAAGCCAGCAAAGCCGCUGCUGGCCGCGAGGACAUGCUUGCCCACUCCGACUCCGACCACAGGGAGAGCUCGCGAGCAUCGAAGGGAGAGAGAGGUACUAAGGGCCACUUGAAUGCCCAUGCCCGGGUGAAAGCUGGGGGCCACGGUCCCAAAGGGGCACAUGGGAUCAUGGACCGGGCAGACGAACUGUCCGACUUCUCUGACAUCCGGAGGUGAAAAAAGGCACCAACUCCCUGUUCCCCCCAUCUUCCCCCUCCACUGGAAACCUCCUCCGUUGAGUCCCAUCUUCCCGUCUAUGGACAUUCCAAAGCAUUUCCCAUUCAGAGGUCAAGCACAGGGCAUUGCAAGUUAUAUAUGGACCUCGGCAACAGUG